GUGUAUUAUAAUAAUUUCUUAUUUAAAUUGACAAGUCAAAUUUAAUUGGAAUUUCGAAUUCGGAAAGAAUCGACCGCCUGAUUUGAUGGCGGCCUCAUCCCCAGUCAAGAGCAGCGGCGGCGCCACCGACGUCGCCGCGCCGCCCUCCCCCAAGUGCAUCAAGUGCGGCAAUGUGGCGCGUUCUAGAUGUCCAUACCAGUCAUGCAAGAACUGCUGUGCAAAGGCACAAAAUCCUUGUCAUAUACACGUGUUGAAAGGAAACUCAUCCUUUCCAGACAAACUGCCCUCUACCAGCUCCCCUCUCUUUGACCAGCAAUCGUCUGAUGCAUCUCAUUCAGGGAAUUUUAACAGGCUUCGCCAACUUUCUAACAACUUUGCGCAGUUCAGUAACGUACAGACACCAUUUCGAUCGAGGAAGCCAUUGACUAAAAAGGAUGCACAAGUCAUCAACCAAUGGAGGUUCUCGAAGUUGAAGGAAUUUAGGGAUGAAAAUAUUGAAGCAGAGAGUGUAAGUUUUGAUCGAUACAUGCAAAAUGUUGGUUUACAGGAAGAGGUUUUCCGGGUGAGCUCUGAGUUUGAUGAGCAGUCUUCUAGUGAGAAGUUGAGUUCCAAUGGUGAUAACAAUGACACGAUGGCUCGUGUCUUGAAGUUGAAGCUCAGAUCAAAUCCAGCAACAACUGACAACUUGAGAAAAAGGAUUCAACACAUUGUAGAUCAAGGAUUGAAGAAAGUAAGAAAGCGGGGAGACGUCAGUGAUACAGAAGGAGAGGGCGAGAAAGCCACAGACUUAACUGAUCUCAUUGAUAGGUUAAACAAAGCACAAAAUGGGGAUGAGCUGAAAGUGUGUCGGGAGAAGGCAUCUCAGGUGGUUCCAUGGAAUACGAAAAAGAACGAAGCGGAGGCUGAAGGCGAGCGGGAAAAUGAUGAUUCCUGUAUCACACAAGAAUCCCAUUUCCCCACACCGAAGUGGGUAAAUCAACUCACAAUUGAUCAAGAAGCUCUUUGCCGAAUCGAUGCACAAUUUUCUUCACUUGAGGAGGUACAAGAUUUGUAGGUUGAAUUUGAUUGUUUUCAUCCACAUUGGGGGUGUUCGGUUUGCAAGAUUCUAUCCGAUAUUAAAUUUGUAGUGUGUUUGGUUCAUUAGAUUCAACCCUUCAACUUAAUCCUAGAUGGAUAGUCUCAUGAUAAUUAGUCAUAGCCUCCCCCUCCAACUAAAAUAAUCCCACAACUUAAUCCUAGACGGAUAGUCUCAUGAUAUUAGUCAUGGCAACCGAACGUCACCAUUGUACACUAGCUGAUAGAUAGUCAAUGUGAUUGAUAUUUUUUCUAUCCAAUUUUUUCAAAAUGAAGGGAUUAAAACUAGGGUUGUUAAUUUUCUUUAAUAGGAAUGUAUUAACUUGAAAUACUAAUGAAUUUUUUGUAUGAUAUGUGUAAA